AUGCAUUUCACCAACGUCUUCGUCCAGGCCCUGCUUGCCGGUUCCGCCAUUGCAGCUCCCGCUUCUCUCGUCAGCAAGCGCCAACUUCAGACCAUCCAGGGUGCCUUGACCAGCGUCCAGGACUCUCUUACCGGGCUCGACACCGCCGUCAAGGCUCUCAACGCCGCGGAUCCCAACACCGCCGCCAACCUGCUUGAUGCUUCCAACAAGGUCCAGACCUCGCUGAAGCAAGGCACCACGCAAAUCCAGGGUGCUCAGGAACUCUCCCUCACCGAUGCCCUCACCCUUCAACAGUCAGCUGGUGGCUUGACCACCGCUGUCCAGACCUCUGUCGAUGACUUGGUCGCCAAGAAGCCUGAGCUUGACAAGCUUGGCGCCACCUCCAUCGCUGUUGACCAGCUCAAGCAGCAGAAGGCGACUGCUGGCGACUUCAGCACCGCCAUCGUUUCCAAGGUCCCCGCCAUCGGUCAGGGCAUCGCUCAGCAGUCCGUCGAUCAGGUAACUCAGUCCCUGGAUGGCGGUAUCCAGAAGCUCGGUGGUGAUGCCGCUGGUGGUGCCGCGCCUGCUGCUCCCGCCGCGCCUGCCGCUCCCGCCGCCCCUGCUGGCGCACAGGAGCAGUUCCACGCUGAGGUCAUGGCCUGA